CUCAGGCGCGCUCCUCCCCUUUAAGGCGCGCGGCCGGGCGGGGCCCUGAAGACUUUUUUACCGUGCGGCCAGCGUCCUCCGGCACAAAAACGACUUAAAGGAGACGCGUGGCGCUAUGGCGGCGGCCCCACGCGCGGGACGGCGGCGCGGGAGGCCGCUCCCGGCGCUGCUGUUUCUGCUGCUGGUGCCACUGCCGCCGGGAGGCCCGCCGGGCGCCGACGCCUACUUUCCCGAGGAGCGCUGGAGCCCGGAGUCGCCCCUGCAGGCGCCGCGCGUGCUGAUCGCGCUGUUGGCGCGAAACGCGGCCCAUGCGCUGCACACCACGCUGGGCGCACUCGAGCGGCUGCGGCACCCGCGGGAGCGCACGGCGCUGUGGGUGGCCACGGAUCACAACGUGGACAACACGUCAACUGUGCUGCGGGAGUGGCUGGUGGCGGUGAAGAGUUUGUACCAUUCCGUGGAGUGGCGGCCAGCGGAGGAGCCCAGAUCCUACCCGGACGAGGAGGGCCCCAAACACUGGUCUGACUCACGCUACGAGCAUGUCAUGAAAUUGCGCCAGGCAGCCCUGAAAUCAGCUCGAGACAUGUGGGCUGAUUACAUCCUGUUCGUAGACGCAGACAACCUGAUCCUUAACCCUGAUACGCUGAACCUGCUAAUCGCUGAGAACAAGACGGUGGUCGCCCCCAUGCUGGAUUCCCGGGCUGCAUAUUCCAACUUCUGGUGUGGAAUGACUUCUCAGGGCUACUACAAGCGCACCCCCGCCUACAUCCCCAUCCGCAAGCGGGACCGCCAGGGCUGCUUUGCGGUUCCCAUGGUGCACUCGACCUUCCUGAUCGACCUGCGGAAGGCGGCGUCCAGGAACCUGGCCUUCUACCCACCCCACCCCGACUACACCUGGUCCUUUGACGACAUCAUCGUCUUCGCCUUCUCCUGCAAGCAGGCAGAGGUACAGAUGUAUGUGUGCAACAAGGAGGAAUACGGCUUCCUGCCGGUGCCACUGCGCGCCCACAGCACCCUCCAGGAUGAGGCCGAGAGCUUCAUGCAUGUGCAGCUGGAGGUCAUGGGUGAGUCUGCCCACACGCUGCCCUGGGAGGGGCUGGGUUGCUUCCCUUUCACUGAUGUCUCGAAUCCAUCCUGUGAGCACUGCCGAAUGGGGUUGUGCGGCUGCAAGGCUGAGGUGCAUGAGGCGUGGGCGUUUGAGGGGCUGAGAGGCCUUCCUCUCCUGAGAUCCAUCACGGCUGGCAGAGGGCAGAGGUUUGGAUGUCCAUGUGCCCCUGGAGCUAGGAGAGGAGGGGAGAUGUGUUGGCUUCUCUCCGGGUCUCUCAGAGCUUCUCAAAGCAGAGCUCUGGGCUUUAGGGCCGGGCCUGGCCUUGACUUGGGCUUCCUCACUCAGGUGGUGGACCGGGGGCUGGAGAAAUCGCUCGUGUUUGAGGACGACCUGCGUUUUGAGAUCUUCUUCAAGAGACGCCUGAUGAACCUCAUGCGGGAUGUGGAGCGGGAGGGCCUCGAUUGGGACCUCAUCUACGUGGGCCGGAAGCGGAUGCAGGUGGAGCACCCCGAGAAGGCUGUGCCCCGUGUGAGGAACCUGGUGGAGGCCGACUACUCUUACUGGACCCUGGCCUACGUGAUCUCCCUGCAAGGCGCCCGCAAGCUACUCGACGCCAAGCCGCUCUCCAAGAUGCUGCCUGUGGACGAGUUCCUGCCCGUCAUGUUUGACAAGCACCCAGUGUCCGAGUACAAGGCCCACUUCUCCCUCCGCAACCUGCUUGCCUUCUCCGUGGAGCCGCUGCUGGUCUACCCCACACACUACACAGGGGACGACGGCUAUGUGAGCGACACAGAGACCUCAGUCGUUUGGAACAAUGAGCAGGUCAAGACCGACUGGGACCGCGCCAAGUCCCAGAAGAUGCGGGAGCAGCAGGCGCUGAGCCGGGAGGCCAAGAACUCAGACGUGCUCCAGUCCCCGCUGGACAGUGCCGCCCGGGAUGAACUCUGAGGGGCGGCAGCCAGAAAGCCAAAGUAGUCGUCGCUGGCCCAGCCCCCACGUGCUCACUGAGGACAUCGGGGCCACCUCUGGACCCCUUGGCAGGCCAGGGAGGGCUCCCUGUGUGGGAUGGUGUCCAGCCGGCUCUUGCUCAGCAAUCACAUGCACACAGGCAGCAUAAGUGGAGUGCCUACCGCACGCCAGCCACGGGACUUGGCACCAGGGAAUUGGGAUGAACCAAACCCUCUUCAUCUGUUCAUGUGCCCAACACUUAUUAAGCACCUGCGGUAUACCUGGUUCCCACGUUAUAGCAGUGAAUGAGGCAGAAUGAUUCUCUCCAUCAAUGAUCGAUUCAGUCAUCAAGCAGUUACUGAUCAGAUUAAGAAGCAGGCACUAGUGAUACACUCAUUUUUAAAAUUCACCCACGGAUUUA